AUGGAGGAUCGCAGCGGGCAAGUGCUGGCCGUGGCGGUCCUCUUCUUCGUCUUGUGUUGGAUCGCUGUCGGCCUGCGCAUUUACUGUCGCGGAUGGAUCACACGCUCUCUUGGGGUCGAUGACAAGCUGAUGAUUGGCCUCAUGGUAUACAGCGAGCUCGCAUGGAAACUCAUCUUCACUGUGUAUCUUAUCACCCAGAUUCAAGGCGUUCGCUACGGCACCGGUCGACACAAAAUCGAUCUCAGCCCGGAACAUAAUCGCGACGCUCUCAUGUAUUGGUACAUUUGCGAGCUACUCUACAUCAUCUCAACAUGUCUUCUCAAGAUAUCGGUUGGAUACUUCCUACUUCGUGUCUCCAUCCGCCGCACCCACAUAUGGAUUCUCCGCAUUCUUAUACUUGGCACCGUUCUCUUUGGCACGACGUAUUUCUUCAUGGUCAUGUUCCAAUGCAGACCGAUACAGACCUUUUGGGAACAAUCGCCUCGCGUGGAGGGUAAAUGCUUCAGCAAACGCGUCGUUCUCAUCAUGACAUACACAGCCUCCAUUAUCAACUGCCUCGCAGACUGGUCCUUUGGGAUCCUCCCGCUGUUCAUCGUCUGGUCGCUCUCACUACCCAAACGUACCCGGCUCCUUGCCUUCGGCAUUCUGUCCUUUGCGGCCAUCGGCUCUGCGGCGACGGUCGUCCGGUCAGUCUACAUACCGACCCUCCUCGACGGCGACGACUUCCUAUGGGCCACUACCGAUGUUGCUCUGUGGAGCACCGUCGAGCCCGGCAUCGGUAUUACUGCUGCGUCCAUCGCCACGCUCCGCCCUCUGUGGCAGCUAAUAUGGUACCGCGCGGGGCUGAGGUCCCAAGCGCCGCGCGCCGUAGCCUGGCGAGAACGCUUCCAGGGAAAACCAAGUUACGUUCGUAGCGAUGGAUCGGAUCCGCGUCAGCCGCCACGAAACCGUCUGCCGGGUGACGCUGCCCUUGAAGAUAUCGAGGAAGAAGGCCCGGCUGGAUACCAGGUGGAGGCGCCGCGCAUCCAUCGUUCCGAGGAUGGCUUCAGCUCAUCAACGCCCUCGCGCCGAAGCGGCCUGAGCAAGACUUUCGACACGUCUCCUGGGAGGAACAGACUAGGCGACGAUGGAGAAUCCCUGGUUACACCCCGUGAGGAUGGCGGCGGCACUCAAUGGCUGUGCCCCUCACCAGGCGAAGUACGUUGA